AUGCAAUGGGAACAAACGGAAUACAUAUUCCCUCGAGGAGACAAUGUGGUAUCCUCGGAGAAAAUUGGUUGGAUCGAAAAUUCGAAGAAUAAUGAUUAUGAUAAUAUAAAAAGUAUUGAUCCUAAGUGGCAAAUAUCUUUAAUUUCAAAAAAUUGUAUGAUCAAAAAACAUAAUCAAGGUUGGCAGAUUUGUCCAAAAAAUAUGAAUGAAAAUCAGGAAGAUGUGAAGGUUAUAGUAGAGGAAAAAAAAAGUGCUGCUAUAUGUUGUAAUCGUGACAAUAUCGAUGAUCUUUUGGAAGAAGAAAAUAAAGAAAAUGAAUCCGAUCAUGGCAGUAUAUUGUUAACAGAAUGUUUGAAACUAUUAACAACCUCUGAUGCAAGAAUUAAUUUUAUAUUGAAGAUUCUAACGAAAGCAUCGAACGAACGCAAGAUAUUUGUGAUUUCUGGAAUAUUUCCUGUAAUAAGGAAGCCUUUGAAUAAACGUGGUUGGAUUGAAAAAAAAGCUAUUAGAAAAAUGAUUUCGUUGGCAUGCGUAACGAACGAAGUCGGAUUAGAACAAGUAGAGAAAUUAUUACGGCAACCUGCUAACUUUAUAUGGUAUACCAAUAAGAAGGCAUUCGCAAUAAGAAUGGAUGAAAAAACGUUAAUAAACAAAUUUGCAGGAUGUUAUUUCACAUCGAAAAUCGAUAUGUGUAAUAAUUUAGAAAAUGUUUCUUGGUUUUACGAAGCUGGUGUGUCUAAUAUUCAAUUUCCUCGAUGUUACAAUUUUUAUCAGAGCAUACAAAUCGAAGAAUUCAAACGCGAUUUUUAUAUCACUGCAUGCACUGGAAUAUUGAAAUGGUUUUUAUUUUUAACAAGUAUAGCAGGACCUAACUCUGCAUGGUCCCCGGAUGGUACGAUUCCUAUAAAUGCAAUUUUAUUUGCUCUCGAACGUUGCGUGGAAUAUUUAAGUGUAAGAAUACACGAAGACAUAGAUAGAGAUGAUUACAAAGAUGCUCCUGUAACUGCUUGGAAUCAAUUUUUACAUUGGUACGGAAGUAUUAUAAAUCAUCAUGCCAUUUUAAAGACAAAUGACAAGGUUGAUAUAAACGUACUGUUAACGUUAACAGACAACAUUUUAAAAGGUAUGUCAAGGUGUCGUCCACAAAGUCGUGUAGAUGGUAUGCGAAAUAUUUGGAUUUUAAAGCCUGGUGAUAAGAGUUUAGGAAGAGGUAUUGUUCUAAAAAAUUCUUUGAAUGAUAUAUUACAUAAAGUAAACCAAGCUGCGAAGGAGGGAAUGCAAUAUGUUGUCCAGAAAUAUAUUGAACGACCCUUACUUGUUCACAAGACAAAGAUAGAUGUUAGACAGUGGUUUUUAAUAACCAGUACGCAACCUCUCAUUGUAUGGAUGUAUAAAGAUAUUUUAAUACGCUUUGCAUCAAAAAAUUUUACACUUGACGAUUUUCACGAGUCUAUUCACUUAUGCAAUACAACUGUACAAUUGAAAUAUAGAAAAUUGCCUAGAACGAAUUUACAAUUACCAAAUGAAUUUCAUUGGAAUCUUCAAAAUUUUAAAGACUAUCUAAGAUCGAAAAACGAAGAGGCAGCAUGGGAAAAAAUUAUCAGACCAAGUAUCAAACAGAAUUUGAUAGGUGCGCUGUUAGCAUCUCAGGAUUACAUGGUGAAUCGAAAGAAUAGUUUUCAAUUGUAUGGUGCAGAUUUUGUAAUAAUGGACGAUUUUUCUGUUUGGCUAAUCGAAAUCAAUACGAAUCCUCGAUUGCAUCCACCUAGCAGUACCGUUACCGCAAAACUUUAUCCAGAAGUUAUCGAAGACACCAUAAAAAUUAUUAUAGAUCGUCGAAAGAGUCGAAAGAUGUUACAUGGUAAAUUCGAAUGCAUUUUCAAACAACGCCAUGCAUUUUAUGGGGUCAACGUUUUAGGUCAAGGAACAAGUCUUAGUAUACGAGGAAAAAAGCUUUAAUCUCGAUAUCUCACGAAGUCUAUAAAAUAACAUCGAUCUGAAAUUCAUGAUAAAACAAAAAAAUACGAAGCAAUCGAAUAUCGUGCUUUCGAUGCCAUCAAAUGAUUUUAACAAAUCUUAUAUAACCUCCUUUUCGAUCUAUGCAUAUCUCUAAAUUAAACUAUUAAUUAUAAAUCAAUCGAAUCUAUUAUUAUCAACAAAAAUAUCAUUUCCAAAUUGAAUUUUAUAUUUUUUGUCGCACUCAUGUUCACGAAUAUGGAACAGGAUUCUCAUUGUAACGAUCAGGAUCGUUUGCAUUCAGGAUUAAGACACGAUGCUAUUCUUCGCGGACAAACUGGUACUAUUACAAAUAAAAUAAAUUCUCAACAGCCAACGAAAAGAUUAUCCUCAGGUAAGAUACCGUAUUGUUUCGCGACGAUUCACUUUUUAAAUACGUUCUUUAUCAAUUAUUACACGUUAAUUCAUAAUCGGUAAAGCUGACGAAAUAUCGAUCCAGUCAGCGAGCCUGGUACAAGUAACAAACGGAACGAAUCUAAGAAAUCCACUGUAUCACCGAAAACUGAUUUCCUAUCGCAAGGAUUUUAUAAGGCCAAACUUUUGCAAAUGAAGCAAAGAAAACAAUUUGACCAACAAGUUUUAAAAUCUGUUAUCAGACCAUCAAGUUUUGUUCCACCGGCAACUAUUUUAACAAAAAAUAUGGACAAAGUACGGAAGCCAGCAUCGACUCGAACUUUGUUAAAUUUCAAUCACAAUGUAAGAGAUAAGUAUAACUAUGUAUAAAUCCAUAUUGUUAAAUUAAAUCAAAAUAUUAAUUUGUCACAGAGAUCUUUAAUAUCAUUUUGUAAAUGUAUUCUAUUAUAGAACGAAGAGAAAAAAAUCGAUAAACAUUCGAUUCUUUCGAAAACGACGAGAAAUAAUUAUCAAAUAAUUACAAGCAAAGAUAGGUCAGAUUCUAACGAAGAAAUAAUGAAUUGUUUCGUAUCAUCAAAGAACGUUCCUUCACAGGAAGAUUCUAUUAUUAUUAGAGCGAAUACAUCCAAUGAUACAGAAGUAGAUAAUAAAUUGAUUGAAUCUAAAACGUUUGAAAUGAAUGAAAUAUCCUUGGAUGAUCUAAGAAUAGAUCAUAAUAACAAGGAUAACUAUUUUGCGAUUCAACGGAGAGUGGAAGAAGCUGUUAAGGUAAAGACAAAAAUUACAAAUAUAUAUCAAAUAUAUAUAUCAAAUCAUAAGAAAAAUUUAUUGUACAAGAAAAAUUUCAUUUGAUCUUAGAACAAAAAGAUCUUUCUAAUACGUGGCGAUAUUCCAUAUUUGGAAAAUACAUUAAAGAAAAGAGGUUGGAUAAAGAAAUACGAAUCUAGAAAAACGAGACACGUGCCUUACGGUAUUUAUCUUUUUU